CGUCCUCUCUCCUCUCCUCUCCUCUCCUCUCCCCCCUUUCGUCCCUCUCUUCCUCUACCACCACUCUUCUCCUGCUCGCUAAAAAAAGCUUCUCGAGCUUAUAAAUACGCUCCCCUCCCUCCCGGUGCCAAGUUCCUCCCCCCGAUCCCCUUCCCCCCCCUCCACCCGCCGAUCGCCCUCCGCUCGCUCCACCGCGGCGGGCGAUCGCUCAUCUCCCUCUACCCUCCCUCCGGCGCGCGAUUCCCGAGCGAGGCGCCACCCACCGAAGAUUUCCGCCGACGGACGGACGGCUCGCUCCGUCCCCUGCCUUGCCGAUCGGAUCGCGUGCUCCCCGAGGUAGAGGUGAUGAUAAGGCAUAGUUUUUUGACUUAGCCUGCCUUAGCUAUUUCUUGAAGCUAAGGGAAAUAAUAAUUGGCGUUAUGGCAUUUAGAAAUAUGGUUUGCACUCCCCAAGUCAUUGAUCUUACGUCAGAGAGAGGGCAAGCUCAAGGAGGCAAUGGUAGUGAGAUACCUGAGCAAGGUGCACAACAUGCUGUCAGAGUUGUAGGAAAUGGAACAAAUGUUGGUCUCUCUGGUGUGCGAAGUUACUAUGAUGUGAGCAUAAAUCAUCACCAUCAGCCUGUUCAUAACCCACCCCCAAAUUUAGGUGUUGAUUCUGGUUUUGUCUUCGCAUCAAAUAUGUACAAUCCCUGCAUGUCAUCAACAUCAAUCAACAGACAUGUUUCUCAUGCUCAGAGCUUUGGAUCAGGGAAUCAAACAUUGCCUCUAAACCAAGUUCCAGGAAGUAUGGAUGAGAGUAGCAGAAAUGACAGUGUUGGUGAAAGUGCUAGAGACCAUAUUAAAAGGAAAAAUGCUGCAGUUGCUGGAAGCUAUCCUUUUGUUAAUGGAUUUGCAAGCUCAAGCUCAUCUUCUCAUGCACCUCAGAAUCCUAUGCUUAGGCCUUGGGACCCUUCUUUUGAAUCAACAGUUUCUUCUAAUGUUGCACCGUUCAACCCAUCAGAAUAUCAUGGACACAGCAGUUGGCCGUCCUUAGAAGGAUCUUCCAUAGCUGGAACUAAUGGAUUCAACUCAAUGGCUGUUCAUCCAGAAUCAGUACAGCGUGGGAACUAUACAUUUCCAUCCAAUCACAUUGGCCAUUCAUGGAUGCCCCAUGCUACUAAUGGUAUUGCUGAUGGAGUUCCCCAGUGGGAAUAUGUUAAUGCAACUACUAAUAUUCAAGGCAGAUUUGCCCAUUCAGGAGCCACAGAAAUUGCAAAUGGAGGCUUUCAGGAAUAUCAGAAUGGCCCUUCAACUGUUUCUCGGGGACCAGUACCUUAUUUCCACCAGCAUGCGAUGCAUGGCAUGCAAGCUCAUAAUCUGCUUGAUCCUACUCAAAUGCAAGUUCCUUACCAACAAUGCCACAAUAACGGUGUCUUGCAUGGUGGUGUUAAUUACCCUGGAAACCGUCUCCACUUAGGUCCGCGAAUUCCAGUUCUCUUCUCCAGUCCUGAACGUACUUUUGGACCUCCACAGCAUCCAUUCCUGGCAAAUCCAGUUAACCACCGCAACAUAAGGAUUCUACCACCCGAGCAGCAUGCCACAAUAAUGGAUUUUUCGAGAUUGUAUGAAGUGUCAAAUACUGUAGAUGAGCAUAGAGAUAUGCGUCUAGACAUAGACAGCAUGACGUAUGAGGAGCUUUUAGCAUUAGAAGAGCAGAUUGGAGAUGUCAAUACUGGCCUGACAAAAAGUCACAUUGUAGAUAAAUUGAGGACUAGCCUAUAUGUUCCAGGAACAUCAAGCAUGCCUGAUCAGCCAUCUAAAUCUUCUCUAGAGAAUGAUGCUUGCAUAAUAUGCCAGGAGGAGUACCAGGCUAGAGACUGCGUUGGCACCCUUGACUGUGGUCACAGGUACCACGCAGAGUGCGUGAAGCAGUGGCUGAUGGUGAAGAACUUGUGCCCCAUCUGCAAGACAACAGCAUUGUCUGCCAACAGAAGACAAGGAAAAUGAGCAGGAAUGAAAUAAGCCUGUUACUUAUUUGCUUCGACAAACGUUCAGCUCAAUUUUGUACAUAAGAUGUGGUAGACAAUGGUGCUACCUGUAUUUGUUAACUUUGUUGUGACCGGGAGUACCCAGCUUCCUAAAACUGUACAGCCAUAACAUUUAUUAUUUUUCUUCAAAUGUAGAAUAUUUUAAAUCCGCUCAGUUCGCCCCUCCAAUGUGUAUGAUAUGGCGAACCAGGGAGACAAAGCUUCCGUAAUGGCAUCUCUAGGCAGCCUUGUAUCUAUUAACUUUGCUGAAACUAAUAGAACAUGGAUCCCUCCUGUACAUUUUUUUAGAA